AGGCUGGCUGGCUUGAUGGGUUGUGGCAGGUAGACUUGUGCUCGCACAGCACUCUCCCUCCCUCCCUCUCUCUCUCUCUCUCUCUCUCUUUGUGACACCCACUCCCUCACCCUCUCCCUUUACACUCCCCUCUCCCCGUCUUCACUCUCACUCAGUCGAGCGAGCGAGCAGGAGGCAGCAGGCAGCUGCCGAGGAGCGAGCUGGGAGGCGACCCCAGCCUCCUCUCCAGCAGAUUGUGCCUCCUGUACAAUGGAAACUAAACGGUUGAGUAGCAGAAGGGAUGGAGGGCAGAGCUGCCGGGCAGGUCAGCAGGGGUCAUGAGGGUGUCGGAGGCCCCGGUUGCUGUUCAGAGCAGCUGAAGCAGAAAUGGGCAAAGAAGUCUGGAUGGCAUCGGUAGGCUCAGCCUCAUCGACUUCACCAGCCUCGUCCUCCUUCGCCACAAGCAUCUACGCAACAAGUUCUCUGUAUUCGCCAGCAUCUCCCAGUAAGACUUUGCAAUGAGAAUGUCCGACACAGUUGACACUGAAACGAUGAAGGUUUCCGAGGCGGCCGAAGAGGUGCCGUCUCCACAAGAAAACGACGGCAACUCCGAGGUGGCGGACCCGAGCCAGAGCAGCAGAGAGGAACCAGGCAGCAACAAUACGAGAGACGCCCAGCCUGUGAAAUGCUCUAAGCCCAACACCAGGCUAAAGCUGGUGCGGAGCCUGGCAGUGUGUGAAGAGUCCUUUCCUUGCCCUAGCCCUGAGCCUUCAGCAGAACCUCAGGGUGAAUUUCUCCUGCAGCCCUUUGAAAAGGAAGAUCGAGCCUCACAGGAUCAAGCUGAGAAAGAGGACGGCUGCGAUAAGGUGGAGAAACCUGAGAAAACGCAGAGAAAAAUGCUGUCGAGAGAUUCCAGUCAAGACUACACAGACUCCACUGGCAUAGAUCUCCAUGAGUUCCUGGUCAACACGCUGAAGGGAAACCCCAGGGAUCGAAUAAUGCUCCUGAAGUUGGAACAGGACAUCUUGGACUUCAUCAGCAAUAGCGAGUAAGACAUAUUCAUGAAGAUAUACUCCGAUGUUAUCCUCACUGAA